GAAACCAGAUGGCCCCUGAACACUGUGGGAGUGGCUUUUUCCCUAACUGGACUCUACCCCCUUCAAUGGGAAGCAGUCAUUCAAAUAUACAUAGGUCAGUUGCCCAGUGAAGAGCGUGGCCGCCCUGAGCAAGAAAUCAGGAUUCAGCUGUCAUGUCAAGAAAGCCCAUACUUCACUACUACAAUGCCCGGGGCAGAAUGGAGUCCAUUCGGUGGCUCUUGGCUACAGUUGGAGUAGAGUUUGAAGAGAAAUUUGUCAAAACUCGUGCAGAACUGGACAAAUUAAGAAAUGAUGGAAUAUUGAUGUUCCAGCAAGUGCCCAUGGUUGAGAUUGAUGGGAUGAAGCUGGUGCAGUCCAGAGCCAUUCUCAACUACAUUGCCAGCAAACAUGACCUCUAUGGAAAAGACAUAAAAGAGAGAGCCCUCAUCGAUAUGUAUACGGAAGGAAUGGCAGAUUUGGGUGAAUUGGUUCUUCAUCACCCAUACCUUCCACUUGGGGAACAGCAGGCAAGCCUUGCUCAGAUCAAAGAUAAAGCAAGAAACCGCUAUUUUCCUGCCUUUGAAAAGGUGUUGAAGAGCCACAGACAAGACUACCUUGUUGGCAACAGGCUGAGCAAGGCUGACAUUCUCCUGGUUGAACUUAUCUACUACAUGGAAGAGCUUGAUCCUGGUUUUAUCACCAGCUUCCCUCUGCUGCAGGCCCUGCAAACCAGGAUCAGCAGCCUCCCCACCGUGAAGAAGUUUCUGCAGCCUGGCAGCCAGCGAAAGCCUCCUGUGGAUGAGAAAUGUGUAAAAAAAGCAGAGGAGAUUUUCGGCUAAAUAAAGCAGGCAUGGGUGCCAAGAACAUGCAAGACCAAUCUCCUAAAGUAAUGCAACAAUGAAGCUCUGGAAGCAAUUGCUGGUUCUCCCCUGUGAGGCUAAUAAAAUUUCUCAAGUCUG